AAUCUCCAGGGCCAAAAUAGUAGCCUAUUUGUGGUGAUUAAUGAUCCCAAAUUCAUACUUACAGCAACGGCAAACAAACACUUUAUUUAUAUAAAUAAUCUUCCCAUGUCCUCAAACCUUUGUAUUCUGCAUUCUAAUGCCUAUAUAUUAACCUUUUUACGAGAGUUAUUCUUCAACUCAAAGCCUACAUCACAGCAGCAAUGGAGUUUUCUAAGCUUCUCAUUUCCCUUUUCAUUUUCCAAGUUUUCUUCCCUUGCCAUAUGUCAAUCCAAGCAGCUCCUGCGAACUCGGACCUUUUCCGGGAAUACAUAGGAGCUGAAUUCAACAACGUUAAAUUCAGUGAUGUUCCCAUUAAUUCAAAUGUUGAAUUCCACUUCAUUCUCUCAUUUGCCAUCGACUAUGACAGUACCACAGGCUCUCCUUCUCCAACAAAUGGGAAGUUCAAUGUCUUUUGGGACUCUGAUAACCUCAGUCCUUCCCAGGUUUCUUCCAUCAAGAGUACCCAUUCAAAUGUUAAAGUAGCUUUGAGCUUAGGAGGGGACAGUGUGGGAGAUGGAUAUGCUUACUUCGACCCUUCCUCUGUAGAUUCUUGGGUUUCCAAUGCAGUUUCUUCACUCACAAAUAUCAUCCAAGAGUAUCACUUGGAUGGGAUUGAUAUUGAUUAUGAGCACUUCAAUGCUGACCCUGACACUUUUUCUGAGUGCAUUGGGAAACUUAUAAAAACCCUCAAGAAUAAUGGAGUGAUCUCUUUUGCUUCAAUAGCUCCAUUUGAUGAUGAUGAUGUUCAAAGCCAUUACAAGGCUUUGUGGAAAAGCUAUGGUGACCUCAUUGACUAUGUCAACUUCCAGUUCUAUGCCUAUGAUCAAGGAACAACAGUCUCUCAGUUUAUGAAUUACUUCAACACCCAAAGCUCUAACUAUAACGGUGGUAAGGUUUUAGCCAGCUUUAUAAGCGACGGGAGCGGUGGCUUGACACCGGAAAACGGAUUCUUCACUGCCUGCAGUAGGCUGAAGAGUGAGAACAAACUCCAUGGCAUAUUUGUUUGGUCUGCAGAUGAUUCUAAGAGAAAUGGUUUCCGCUAUGAGAAGCAAUCACAAGCUCUACUCGCAAUUUCCCACUAGUAUUUCUCUGUUAUUUCCUUUUAUAAAAGCACUGAAUAUGAGUUAAAUUUACAUUAGGGAAUGUAGUGACGUACAAUGUGUAUUGCUUUCUUUUGUAUAAAUAUAUACCAGAGAUCUGAUGUGUGCCCCUUUUCAACGCUUAAA